AUGGAUAGAAAUAUUUCGGGUGAUGUAAUUGCCAAAUAUUUGACAAACUUUACGCCAUUAACACGUUUGUUAUUCGUAAUUUGUGGUGCUGUACUAAUCCACUUAUCACUUGGAUCAUAUCACACAUUUGGUAAUAUGUUGCCAUACAUAGCAUCUUACAUGAAAAAUUAUACAGAUUCUUCAGUAAAUCAUGAAAUACUCAUAUGGAUACCGACCUUUCAGAGUUGUUUUCCGUUCGCAAUGGUCAUUGGUGGAUUAUUAAGUUCUAAACUUGGUUUAAGAUUUGCAACUUCACUAGGAUGCUUUAUUAUGGCGUCAGGUGUAUUUUUAUCUUAUUGGACAAUACAGAUAUCAUUUCUAGCAUUUUUGAUUACGUAUGGAAUGAUGUUUGGAUUGGGUCAAGGAAUUGCAUAUGUUCUGACUAUUUCUUGUGUCAUCAACUGGGCUCCAAAACAUGUUGGAUUAGUAAGUGGUAUUGUUGCAGCUGGAUUUGGAUUCAGUUCAUCCAUAUUUGCUCCACUUCAAACAAUCUAUCUUAAUCCGUUGAACUGUAAGCCAACUGUUUCUGCCUAUUUCACUGACAUUGAUCUUGUCCGUCGUGUACCAUCGGCAUUUUAUAUAUUUGCGAUUGUUUACGCGAUUAUGCAAAUUAUUGGCUUGAUUUUUAUUUGUAAUCCCAUUAAUUUGGUUUGUUCAUAUCUUGAAUUUAGCAAAAAUAAUGAAAGGGAUGAUGAAGUGUUGGAGAAUGGAAUGGUAGAUCUGCGCGAAGAAAGUAUUUCGCUGAGUCCAUCAGAAAUACUAAAAACUUCAACUUUCCUGUGGCUUUUUUGCGCUCUCUUUUGUUGCUCAUUUUAUGGAAAUAUGUUUUAUAAUCUUUACAAGACAUUUGGAGAAACAUUUAUUGACGAUGAUUUAUUCAUGGCUUAUGCAUUCAGUAUAGCAUCGAUGUGUAAUGCUUUAGCACGGAUAGGUUGGGGUAUUUUGACUGAUCAAAUAAGUUUCCAGAAAUCUUUAUCAAUUGCAACACUUUUGGCUACAGUACUUUUAUUGACAAUGCCAUUAACUCCAAAAGGUGGAAAAUGGUUGUAUUUUAUGAACUUAAUGCUAAUUUGUUUGGCUGCUACUCAUGCUCUCUUUAUCACAGCAUCUGUUAAAUGUUUUGGUACCGAUCAUAAAUCAACUAACUAUGGAUGCUUAAUUUUUUCUACAGUUUGUAUUUUAUUUUUUUAG